AUGACAAAAAGAAGUCAUCGUAACAAAUAUUGUCGGUAUAAAAGACAUUGGGUUUUUCCUAAAACCAUCACUCAUUUCAGUACAAUGGUCCACUACAAGCUGUCCUACCUUGAAUUGCGCGGAUUGGCCGAGCCGGCGCGUCAAAUUCUCGCCUACGCCGGAGAAGUUUUCGAGGAUGUCCGCAUCGAACGAAAGGAUUGGCCCGCCUUGAAAUCAAGUGAGUUUGGCCUUGUCAUCGUGUCAGUCAAACUUUUCAUAUUCAGAAAUGCCGUUCGGCACUGUGCCUGUGCUCCACGUCGACGGAAAGCCGCUCGGCCAAUCACACGCCAUCGCCCGCUACCUGGCCCGUCAAUUCGGACUCGCCGGACAGAAUGCGUGGGAGGAGGCGCAGGUGAACUCGAUCGCCGAUUUGGUCAAGGACUACCAGCUGGAGAUCCGUCCGUUCUUCCUCGUCAAAGCCGGAUUCGGCGACGGCGACGUCGAAAAACUCUACCGCGAAGGAUUCGUGCCCGCAUUCAAGAAGCACUACACCUUCCUGACCAACGCUCUGAAGGCGAACGGAAGCGGAUUCCUGGUGGGAGACUCGUUGACCUGGGUGGAUUUGGUGGUUGCUCAGCAAACUUCCGACGUGCUCGCGACCAAGAAUUCGUUGUUGGGAGGACGUGCUGAACUUCUGGACGAGUUCCCCGAGCUCAAGGAGCAUCAGAAGAAGAUUCACUCGAUUCCGAGAAUCGCCAAGUGGCUGCAGAUCCGUCCGGUUACACCUUUCUAA